AGGCCCAUCCACGUCAUCCGCCGGCUAAGAAAGUCGAGCAAGAAGACGGCGCCACGUGUCCAUGUUCUGCGUUUCAUUAAGUCUCCGCGUGAUGGGCUUCAAUCGUUUGACGUUAUUAGGCUUUUCGACUUCGUCAGUUUUCCAGCCCGACGAGCCUUCCUCUCUAAUCUCCUCCUUUACGCCGUCUCAUCUUCAGGAUUCAUCCUCUCUCUACGAUCUAUCGCGACGUCUGAUCUUCAUCUUCAUCACCUAAGCGGUUCCUGUUAUGGAUUCUUCGUAUUGAAUCCCUUAUUAAUUCAAUCAACACCGAUAUAGUCUUGAAUGUAUGUUCUUCAGCUAGGCGGUUUAUCAGGGAAUAUAAAAAGGAUCCUUGAUAGUCUCCGUUUUACUUCUUCGCCUUCACCAUCAAUCAUCGCAGCUCCUCUGGCCGAUUGAGAAACUCGAGUUGGUGUUAUAGAUGAGCAUUUGGGGUUUCUUCAGUUGGUUCAAAGUAUAUGGCUGCUUCAAUCUCAACAAGACUCAUUCUCACUGUUGGAUCCUAGGCAGUAUUAGUACGCAGCAGCGCAAAUGCAUCUGGAAAUUGUUUAACCUCACUUCCAUGUAAUCUCAAGGUUGAUGGUAGGAGGUGAAAAAUCUUGAUUUCUGUUUCUUUGCAUUUUUCUGAUAAUCAUUCUGAAUCUCGAUAUAGAUAUAUAGAGACUUGAAAUUCUUACGAGAUAUUUUAGAAGUGAUCAUAACACACCAGGUAACUGAAAAGCUAUUUAUUCAUCGCUUUAUCAUACUUCUUGACUCAUGUUCAUAGUGUUAUACUUCGGCUUGAUCUGCAAAGAAGUAGCAAAGGUCGUUCCUGCUCAGACCCUGGCUGCUACAAACUUGGCUGAUCAAGGACUGACGGAGACCAUGCAGAAGCUUCUCAUUGUAAUGCAAAGACUAGAUGACAAGAUUGGUCUAAUGCUUGAAUCAGACGGCGAGUUCUUCAACAAAAGGUGGGGCUUCUUUUCACGUGCUGGUUUGUGGGACAAAAGAUACUUGAUGAGACAAAUCGAAAAGUAUGCUGACAUAUACACAUCAAGAGUAUCCAACUUCCUCAACUACACACCCUUCAUGUAUUUCCACUCGCAGGAGCAGGUCGAAAAGCUUGGGAAAGUUCCAUUGAUAAACUGUGCUAAAACCAGCAUGUCCACCAAACUGAUAUCUGGUGACAGCGACUUCUUUGCCAACUUGGUUGUGGAUGCCGUUCUAUCAGUGAAGAUGACAAAUCAGCGAGGGGAGAUAAAGUACCCUAUCAAGGGGAUCAAUAUUCUGAAAGCUCAUGGACAAAGUGCGCGAGACAGCUAUUUGUUGAAAGAAUAUGCACUCAAUACUGGCAGCGCUGCCCAAGGAUGCCAUUAAGAGUGUCUCCAGCCAAGAUUGCUUGCCUUGACUUCAAUCUUCAGAAGACAAAAAUGCAGCUGGGUGCCCAAGUUGUUGUUAACGAUCCACGAGAACUUGAAAAAAUUCGUCAAAAAGUAUUUUUUUUUACUGUUUUCCGUUAACUGCAAUUGGUUUGUUAAGCGCUGGCUCAAACUUGAUGUAAUCUUUUAUACGAAGAAGUAUGGAUAGAUGUGUAAUAGUAGAAAUUCUGAAGCUCAAAGCCUCUAUUUUUGUAUAAAUGUGUAAUAUUCAUAUUCUCUGAACUAAGUUGAAGCUGGCCUUGGUUGGUUAGCGUAAUGUUACUGCUUUGA